AUGUCCUCCCCCGCCUCCAUCUCCCAGCGCCUCGCAACCACCUCCUCUCUUCUCCUCGAACGCUCCCGCAUCCUCGACCUCGGCAUGAAGCCCUCCCCCUCCUCCACACAACAAGUCGUGCGCAACCUCACCUCUAUCAGAGCCGACUUGGAACGGCUUGACGCUCUGUCUCCUGGCCUGGGAGGGGGUGGGAAGGGGAAAGGGAGAGGGGAGGGGGGGGAAGAAGGGGUGGAAGAGUUGAGGGGGAGGUAUGAUCGGUUGGUGGAGAUGCUCGAAAGAGACGAUGUGGGACGGGAAAAGGCCAAAGCACUCAAACGCGCACCUUCAGCGCCUUCCCCGUCGCCAAGCCCGGUCCAAUCCCCAUUCCACGAUCCCGUAUCGCCCGCAUCAGAAGACAUCCCGAGUUUCAGCAUCGAACCCCCAACCCCCGCCAUUGGCCAGAAACCGUUCAGAGAUUAUCCGUCGGAUGAUGAAGGAGAGCCAGAACCGGAUAGGACGUUGAGCCCGCAUGAGAUGUUGUCGAAUCAGCAGAUGAUGAUGGACGGUCAGUUGCCCCCCUCCCUCCCUUCUUAUUUGUCCCGUUCACAAGCUGACAAUACGAGUAGACCAAGAUGAACGACUGAACCUGCUUUCCUCUUCCAUAGGCCGCCAAUCGACUCUGUCUACUCAGAUUGGCUCCGAGCUGGACCUGCAUCAUGAGCUGAUAGAGGACACGGACCAUGCGAUGGAUCGGACGGCGGCGAGUUUGGGGAGGGCGAGGAGAAGGAUGGAUAGGGUGGCGGACGAAGCUAAGCAGCAUGGGAGUACGAUCACGAUUGUGGUGCUCAUCUUCAUCUUGCUGAUCCUCAUCAUCGUCUUCAAGACAUGAUCCUUGCCUGUCUGGAGUCUGCAAGUUGAAUCUAUGCGAAGGCGUGUACCUUGUUGUAUAAUAAUAUACAUUCGCAUCU